GGCAUUGACUUUUACACUGUAGAGCCACUGGUCAUACAGGAGGAGAGUAUCCAGAGAUUGCUGUGUUGCUGGUUGUUGCUUAGUUAUUGUGAAGUUAUAUAUUAUAGCUAUGCAGAGUCUGAAGAUGGAGCGUGGAGACCCGGUGAGAGAACUUGACCUAACGUCUCUGAGGUCCACCAUGCCAGCCGGUGGACCCCUGCAGGGUGGUCCUCCGUUCAGUCUGAACAUGAACCAGUAUGCCACAAAGAAGACUGCAGCAGAGGGCAUGCUGGACAUUGCUCUGUUUCUGGCCAAUAUCACUCACAUGAAGACUGUCAUCGAGCAGGGGGCUGGGUACAGGUACUAUGCUGCAGUCCUGACCUUGAUCUCCUUCUCCCUGGCACUGCAGAUAGUGGCUGGGGUCCUGAUUGUUAUCAUUGGUCGGCGUGAUCUGAAUAACUCUACUCUGCAGAAAAGACUGGACUACCUGAACAACAUGAUGACCGCCAUCUUGUUUGUCACCACGGGCCUCAGCUUCUUCAUCAGUAUCUUCGGCAUGCAGCGGACCGGACACUUCCCCUGGCUCAUGAUACGCAUACACUGAGCUAGCGUAAAGUGAUUUGGGAAAUAUAUCACGAUUACAAAGUAUUGUGAUUAGAUUUGCCAUUUAUGUUUUAAUUAUAGGAUUCUAUUCAAAGUUCACAUUUUAAACCUGUCAGAAGAAUUGACAAAAAUACUGAAAUAUGAACUGACAAACUAAUACACGAAUCACAUUUCAGAUCAUGUUUGUGCAGAUCUAAACAACAAAGUUAGCAAUUUUUACGCAGAAUAAAAUAGGAAAUUUUAUUAUCCAAAACUGCAGUCUUUGGAAUUUGGUAAUAAAAGCCAUUUUAAUUGCAAUUUCUGUUCAUCUUGCAGCUCCUGAGCCAAUGCAACUGAAGGUCACAACCCCAUGUCCACAAUAGAAAGACACGGUCUAAAGUUAUGUUUUCUGUCUAAAAAACUAAACCAGAGCUCAAUGAAAAACUGUUUUACCCCCAGAGAGUUACUUUUAUGAAAUUGAAUGAAUGAAUGAAUAUUGUUUAUUUGAGCAUAAUAAAAACAAACAAAAAACAAAACAGUGUACACCCAGAUCCCAAGUUUGUGCUCAAAAGGAGUAAGCCGAAGUAAAAUACUUGUGUGCGCUUACCCCCCAUAUUUAAAUAAAUAACACCAUUUAGAUUACAUUGCAGUGGCAAACCUUCACCAAACCUUCACCAUCUGUGCGUGUGUAUGUGUGUGUGUAUGUAUGUAGUGUGUAUGUGUACAACAUCCAUACACAUGCCCACACACAUCGGGUGUGCAUGUGCAUGUGUAUGCAAGUAAAGUGUAUGUGUGUAUCAUUCAAACACAUGCACAUACACACCGGGUGUGCAUGUGCAUGCAUAUAAUGUGUGCGCCUAAUGUGUACGUAGAGUAAAGACUCGCUAAAUUACAGUUCAUACAAAGUACAUUGCGGCAGUAGAUAAUGAAUGACAGAAUUAUUAACAACCAACAAAAUGAUGAGUAUUCAUAGUUUUACUAUGAUCCUUCUUUAGUAGCAUAGUUUUUGAAUAUAUUUAAUCUGUAUAGUCGUUUGAAGUUUACUAGAGAGUUACUACAUUUUAAAUUUUCUUCCAAUUCAUUCCAAAGAUCAACUCCACGUCGGGUAAUGAACAUACUUUUUAGGGUAGUACGAACACACUGUUUCCUAAGAUUCAUUUGACCCCUCAGAUUAUAUUUAUUAUCUCUAAUUUGAAACAUGCCUUGGAUAUUAUUUGGGAGCAGAUUGUACCGUGCUUUAUAUACAAUUUGUAGAGUUUUGAAUUUGAUUAGAUCUUCAAAUUUAAUUAUUUUUGACUUAAGAAACAGAGGGUUUGUAUGUUCCCUGUACCCAGCAUUAUGAAUUAUCCGUAUCGCCUUUUUUUGAAGAAUGGAUAUAAUAUUAAUAUUUGUUUUGUAAGUAUUUCCCCACACCUCUAUACAGUAGUUAAGAUAAGGCAAUAUUAAUGUACAAUAUACAGUAUAAAGUGCUCUUUCAUCCAGCAAACAUUUAGUUUUCCUCAUAAUUGCGAUGGAUUUGGCUAUCUUGUUUUUUACUGCAGUUAAUUGAGGCUUCCAGCAAAGUUUAUGGUCAAGAAUAACUCCAAGGAAAUUAUGUUCACUCACACAUUCAAUGAUUUCAUUAUUUAUAGUCAUCUUGGGUUCAGUGUCAAUUUUUUUGUUACCAAGUACCAUGAAUUUAGUUUUUUUCAAAUUUAGCGACAAUUUAUUACAGUCAAACCAUUCUUUUAGUUUAUUCAUUUCCCUGGAGACCUCUUCCAUCAACUGUUGCAGGUUUUUCCCAGAGCACAGAAUUGUAGUGUCAUCGGCAAAGAGCACCAAUUUAAGCUUUUUGGAGAUCGAACACAGGUCAUUGAUAUAUAGUAGAAAGAGAAUUGGGCCAAGUAUAGAACCCUGAGGCACACCACAAGUGAUGUGCCUCAGAGUGGAAGAAUACUCGCCCAUCUGGACAAAUUGCAUUCUGUUUGAUAGAUAAGAUAUGAGCCAAUGCAGUGGGUUGCCACGUAUUCCAUUUUUUUCUAAUUUAUGGAUUAAGAUCGAGUGAUCAAUCGUAUCAAAUGCCUUUUUUAGGUCAAUAAAAAUUGCAAGAGCAUAUUUAUUUUUUUCUAUACAAUUGCUCACCUCCUCAACCAAGUCGAUCAUUGCAAGUGAAGUGGAACGGUUUUCUCUAAAGCCGUAUUGGCUUUCGUGUAGAAGAUUGUUUUUAUUGAUAUAGUUGUUGAGUCUAUCACUGAAAAGUUUUUCAAGAAUUUUUGAUAACUGAGGCAGCAGAGAGAUAGGUCUGUAAUUAACAAAAGAAUGUUUGUCACCAUUUUUAAAUAUUGGCAGUACUUUUGCAAUUUUCAUUUUUGAUGGGAAUCUAGCGGUUACAAAAGACAAGUUACAAAUGUGUUUUAAUGGUUUAACAAUUUCAUGUAUGACGUGUUUAAUUAAGCUCAUAUCCAAGCCAUCACAGUCCUGUGAUUUUUUGCCCUUGAACUGACCCACAACCUGCAGGAUCUCCAGCUCAUCGACAGGGCUGAGGAAAAAGGAACUCGAGUUUAGAUUUCCGCAGAAAGCAGCUUGUCCACCCUGGGUAUUGCUAGACGGUUGAAUUGAUUUGGCAAGUUCUGGCCCAAUCUCGACAAAGUACUUAUUGAAUCCUUCAGCCACUUCUUGCAUGUUUACGAUUGUCUUAUCAUUGUGUUUAUAAUAUUCAGCAAUGCAAUUGUUUUUUGGCCUUGCACCAAUGAUCUCAUUU